AUGACUGGGCAUUGGGGCAGUCCCCCAUCACUUCAACUGUGGAAUUCGACUUCAUUUAUGUGCGCCUGGCCUGAAGUUGAUUGUGUGUUUGGUUCAGUCACCGGUCUGACAUUAGCAGAGAAGAACAUUAGAGGAACAAUUCCACCUAAGCAACUGCUCAAAACUAGUGAGCUUGGACUUGUCCAUGAAAGAACUGUCUGGGAUAAUCCCAGUCGAGCUGCUCAGCCAUUAUGGCUGCAUGGAAACAGAUUGGUCGGGACGAUACCAACACAAAUAGAAGCAUUAAGGUUAGAGGAGAAUUUUCUAAAUGGGACAAUCCCAACAGAUUUGUUCCAAUUGCGUUUGCUUGAGUAUUUGUCUCUUGGUUACAAUGCCCUCUCUGGGAAACUGCCAGAACAAGUGCAAGUUUACAGACUGGAAGUGCUAAAUCUUACUCACAACAACCUACAUGGCACAGUUCCGAAAAGUAUAACUGAUCUAACGAGGAUACAUACCUUUGAUUUGUCUGAUAACGAGUUAUCUGGAGAUGUGGAAAGCGUGGUUCAUCUGAGGUCCAUGACAGCAGUCCGCCUCUGCUCUAACAAAUUCUCUGGGAAGGUGGGAUAUGAGAUUGUGAAUGAGUUCUUUCAUGAGAAUUGA